AAAAAAAUUAAAGUUUUUUAUCAAUAUGCCUUAUGGUCAAUUAGAAGUAACUGUUGUUGAAAGUAAAAAACUUAAAGAAAGUGAUUUUUUUGAUAAAACGAACCCUUAUGUUUGUUUAUCUUUGGACAAACAUAAUAAGCAAAAAACUUGUGCUAUUCAGAAUGCUGGAAGUGGAGCAACUUGGAACGAAAAAUUCAACUUCGAUGUUUUAGAAGGUCGAUAUGAACUUUAUAUUGAAGUACUUGAUGAUGUUAGUAGUAAUGAUGAUUUAAUAGGAGGAGCUGCUGUACCAUUAUAUGAAGUUUUUCAACAAGGUCAUGUUGAUAAUUGGUUUAAUAUUACACGUCCUAGUGGAAAGCCCGCUGGAGAAAUUCAUUUAUCAAUGAAUUUUAAGAAUCAAGGACCGACAUCAGGACCUCCAGGUCAUACACCAUAUCCAGUUCCAAAUGGUCCGGGUUAUUUUUCACCCCCAAAUUCGGGUAGUAACAUUUUUAAAAGUUAUUCAGAAAAUCAAGUACAACAAGUACAACAGGAAGCUUUUAGUAGUUUUGGUCCAGAAGGUGGCGCUAUCCCUUCAAAUUAUGGAAGUGGCGCUCCUCCAAAUGUGAUAACACCACAAUUAACUGGCCCUCCAGCUUAUCCUACCGCUGGAGGUGGGUUUCCUGAUCCAUCAUCAUAUGUUGUAAAUAUGCCAGUUCCAUCGCAGCCACCCGAUUAUAAACCUCCUACAAGUGAUAAUUAACGAUUAGAUGGUAAUUAUAUUUAAUAUUCGAUCCUUUUUAUUAUCCUAAGAGCAAUGUUUGAAGUAAAUUAUAAUAGUAAAAUAAAAAGGAAACACAAAGAAGAAAAACUUGAAGAAAAAUACGAAGAUAAAGAUUAUCAAAAAUAACAAAAAAAAAAAUUAUAAAUAUAUUUCAUAAUUAUUAAUUUAUAUUUAGUUACUUAAUAACAUUAUAGAUAAAUUUAAUUAUAUUUUUAUUUAGUAUUU